AUGAAAUCGUUUUCUAAGUUCACAAUUACGAUUUUAAUCUAUUUUUUAUGCCAAUCUGCUAUUGGUUUUCCUAUCUCUCAAAAACCCAAAGUGUUAAUACAACUUACUGAUGGGGUUACGGUUGUGCUUACCAAUCAAAAUGGAGUUAAUAAAGAACCAUCAAAUGUCUAUAUGACUACGGUAGAACAUCCGAAUAUCGAAACGUCCGAAAUUCAAUUUCCUAAAGCUGAAUUUCUCGAAAUCCAAAUUCCUGAAGUCAAUUUUCCUUCAUUCGAUUCAAUUUUUGAAAAAAUUCGUGAAUCCUUUGAGUCAGAUUUGAUCAUCAUGGAAUUAGAAAAAACAGUAUUGCGUCCAAAUGGCAGUCAUCUCAGGCUAGGCAGACGUUAG